CUCUGGAGGGGGUUGUGUGACAGCCUUUCCUGCCUCUGCAGCGUGGAUCCAGAUGAGCGUCUCCGUUAGUCCGUGCCUCGCAGUGGCAGGAAGCUGCCACCCUUGUCCGGACUUGCCGCCACGCUGCUGACAGUCUGCCCGGCUGCCUCACCGCCAGCCUCCGCCUCUGCUUGGAUCCACUACAGCACUCUCUACUUUUAUCUCUUCUUUUUAUUUAUUUUUCCUUAUGGUGGAAAUUUUCCAGAUGUUCUGCUGAUCUCUUGCACCCGAGCCGUCAGACUCUGCUCUGCCCGGAAGACUCUACCUGUUCAGCGUGACAUUUCUUUUCGGCAGAAGAACCCCGGUGGUCCGUCCCAGCAGAACCGAGCCGGUCAGUGACGGCCAGUCAGAUGGGCUCUGCCAGCUAAAACAGAGCGAGCACCACCCCCCACCCAACCCUUCACACGCCAGCUCUGAAUCGCAGCAGAUAGCGGCUCCCACGUCCUGUUAGCCGUGAGAACUUGACCCCUGAUCCCAGGACCCAGGAUGGACGUGAAGACAAAGGAGAUGCAUCUUCUCAGCAACAGCAUAGCUGCCUACGCCCACAUUAAAGCCAAUCCCGAAAGCUUCGGCCUGUACUUCGUGAUCGGCGUGUGUUUCGGCCUGGUUCUGACCCUCUGCCUCCUGGUAAUCCGUAUCUCCUGCAAGUCCCGCAUCAAGAUGGGACCUCCCCUGUCUGAGAAAAAGAGCCUGAAGGAUUUCAGCGAGGAUGACGACGAUGGCAGUGAGGAUGAGGAGGAGGAAGAAGAGGAGGACCACCUCAAUGUGCAUACCCCUGUGGCCAUUUCCCCCGCCACUGCCACCACCACCACGACCACCCCCGAACUGCCGGUGGGCAACCACAGCCAGCCAGACGGAGCUCUCAGCGUCAACGUCUUCACAUCGGCAGAGGAGUUGGAGAGGGCACAGAGGCUUGAGGAACGUGAGCGGAUCAUCCGUGAGAUCUGGAGAAAUGGGCAGCCUGACAUCUUGGGCACAGGAACGGGCACCAUCGGCCGGGUACACUACUACUGACCCAUAGCCCCCCAAGGCUUUGACACCAAAAAACGGUCUGUGUGCCUGGUGAAACCUCCCCACAACAGCCCACCUAAGUGUGGGUGAGGUGCUGGUCAGAUGGUGCUAGUCAAACAUCUCCACCACACAGACUCUGGAACAUUUUUCUGACCCGGAAGUUGAACUUGCAAACUAUGGUGCUAUUGGGCUUCCCCUAAUCUUCAAGGUCCCACGUGCAUCGAGCGCGUCUAUAUAGAUCCACAAACCAUCCACAGAUUCACAAGCACAGAGUUCCUUAGAACUCAUCUGAAGAUGUUCUGUGGCUGCCAUGGAUUUUAGUGAAUGAAGGGUUACUUCAAGCAUGGAUGAUAAGGAUUGUGGUGUGAUUGGCUUGGAUGUAUCUGGCCCAGGAAUGCAAUUCUAUGUUUUUACUAAAAGGGAUAUUUCCUCAUAAUGCCCAGUUGUGAGAUAGGAAGUAUAUUUGAUGCACAUAUGUGUACUUUGUUCUUUAGUGGUAACAGUGCUAACAGUGGCCACGGAACUUGUCAUACACACGUUGCAUCCUGAAACAUUAGUGUCAGGAUGCAAAAAUGUCUUUCAGUUUUACUUUUCAGUCGAUGACAUGAAGUAAGGUCACCAAUAUGGAAAGUUACUGAGAAGUUCAGCUCUAGCUGUUACGCUGGGUAUGAUCAUUUGAAGCCGUUGCAUAUUGGAGUCCAAAAGAAAAUAUUAGUUACAGUUGUAUGUAGAAAAAAAAUGUUAUUUUUUCUGUUUUGUUCUUUGAUUCUAUUUUCAGCAAUGCGCAAACUGUCUGAGCUUCUGAGUACAUCAUCAAACUCCAGGCUCUGCUAAUGUCCCACAUCUCUCAGAAAACUGCCAUGCAGAUACAAAUCGUAUUAUUUGUUUAUAAAAAUAGCAACAGAUUUUAUGGCCGUUUCUGUUCUUGCAGCCCAGUCGCCGAGCACCAAACCAGAUCCCAAAGACACAAUGGCCCUUCCAAACUCACAUUCCACACACUUAUUGUCUUUGUGAUGUUUUCUCCAAAAAAGCAACAACCCACAAUGCCUUGGGGCACUAGUGAAAUGGAUGGACUUUAUUUUGGCGCAUCUGCGAAAGAGAAAACAUUAUCCAAGCCAGACACUAUAAGUAGAUACCUUUGUGGCCUCUGUGUAAACGCAAUGGUUUUCAGGAAAACACCAGUAUGCCAGUAUGGUGCCACAUCCUUCAAGGGCAACAAAAGGAUAUUUCUGCAACAUGUAAUUACCAGAAGAGCGUUAGUUUGGUUGUGUGCAAAACAGUUCCCAUAAGGUUAGUUCACAACUGCUUAAUUUUUUCUCUGAGCAAAUAUCCAAAGCCUUCAUUCUAAUAUCUUUUUACAUUCCAUUUAGCUGAUAGCAUUAUAUUUUAAUUUUAUUUUCCACGCAGGAAUUCUGGGAACCUUCUUGACUGUGAUAAGUUCAUUCCAGCUUGAUGUCAUUCAGAGUUAUAGUAAAGAAGCCUGGACAAUGUGGUCUGAGACAAUGAGUCCUGGAACUCAAGUGACUAUGAAGGGUAAAAGAGGGCAACAGGUUAGAAUGACAGAAAUAUCACCUCUUUUGUGUUAUUAAUUGCCAGCAUUGGGUGCUGUGAUAUCUGGUAUGUGUCUUGAACCCACAGUGACGUACACAACUGGAAGUUUUGAUGGAAAAAACGCUGGUUCACAAACAAAGCCUGUUCUCAAUCCAAGAAGUAUGUGGACCAAUUUAUAAUUUGGAACCUUAAAUGGCCAUGCAGUGUGCAGGCUGGAGCCCUCUGAAUAACUGAGUCACACUUUUCCAUGAAACGAAGCCUAAUUUCAGAACUCAAAGAGGGAUUGUGUUCUGUAUUGUCAUGUUUGUUUCUUGUAUAACUAUAGGACCUUUGUAAAUAAAUGCUGUUCUGCUUAGAUAUAUAUCAUCAAGAUAUUUCUCCCAACAUAUUUUGAUCGUACGGUCUGCAAUACCGAAUCACAUUUUUCCUCACUUUUCAAAAGAACCUCGGACACUCCUAAUGCUCUGGGCAUGAGACAGCAUCCAUCAUAAGGCUGAGAUAAUCAUGGACUUUUAACCUCCCGAGACAUGCGCCAUGUCGUUUGAUCCUGAAUGAAGGACCGUAUUUAACAUUUCACUUCGAACCAGCAUUUUUCAAGAGACGGGGAAUCCGGCUGUGGAAAUUAAGCCCAAAUCUGAACAUUUCUGUCGAAAUGACAGCAUCAACUGCCAAAGGUUAUUUAUGUGAACAUGUACCAUAAAAUGUACAAUUUACCAUCAAGAAAUGUAAAUAUAUAAUUAUUAGGAUAUGUAUGCUCUAUUCAAAUAGGUUUUUAUAUAAAUCAUGAAUAAAAGCAUAUAAUUAAUUA